CCUCCCGGCUGGCCCCGCGCACGCGCUAAAUGGCGGCGCCUCGGCUCCUGCUCCGCGCGGGGGGGAGACCCCGGGCCUGGUACCAGCAGCCCCUGAGGCCGGGGGGCCCGGGCAGAGGUAGCAUCCUGGGGCCAGCCGGACCAUGGAGCCGGCAGGAGGCGCUGGGGCUGCUGGAGGCAGCGGUUGUGUAUCGGGCAGGGCCACUGGUGGCCGUCAGCAAGCCCCCGGGCCUGGCUGUGACAGGCAGUCCAGGGCAGCUGAGUUUGGUUUCACUGCUCCCAGAUCUGAGCCAGAGGCUGUCCCUCCCUCCUGAGCUCCACGUGGUCAAAACAGCUGGGAAAGACGGUUCUGGCCUUGUGCUUCUCUCCGGCUGCCCUGGCACCACGCAGCAGCUCCAUGCAUUCUUCACGCAGCUCCGGAGAGCAGGGCGCCCCCCUGCCACUUACCGCGCUGUCACUGCCGGGAUCCCAGCUGCCGUGGAGGGGGAGAUCCGCACAGGACUGAAGCUGGAGCAGGUUGGGGACCUGCAGCUGGUGGUGCCGGUGGCUGCCCCGUCCCGACGGGAGGUGGAGAGGAAGGAGGUGAAGCAAACCCUGACUCGCUACAAGGUGCUGGGCGUGGCUCCGGGCUGUGGCCUGGUGCAGCUCCAGCCCAUGACAGCCUUUCCUGGCCAGCUCCUGGUGCACCUGACGCUGCUGCUGUGUCCUGCGCUGGGUGACCACGUGUACUCUGCCCGUGUGGGCACCGUCCUGGGGGAGCCCUUCCUGCUGCCUGUGGGGAGUGCUCUGCCACGCACACAGGUCCUGGGUGAGCAGCUGCUCCGCAGGCUGCGCCUCACUCAGCAGCUGCUGCAUCGCCUGCCACUGCAUCUCCACCUGCACCAACUGCUCCUCCCGACAGCUAUUCUCACUGCGCCGCCUCCGCCCUUCUUCCUCCAGACGCUCCGUCUGCUGGGACUCCCUGGGGGCCAGAGUGCACCGUGACCGGGUGCCCCCUGGGGUGGCCCUGCUCAGCUGGACCCACCCUGACCCAGAAGGCCACAGAAGCAAGAGGCAGGCCCAGCUCUGUGGCAGAGAGGCCAUUUCCCAAGCGGAAAAGGAGCAGAACUCACCCCUGGGGCUGCUGCUAGCAGAGCUCUAGGUUUGGGCUCUGCAUCCCGCUGGUGGGACUCCCUGCAGGGAUGGUCUCUGGGAAGGCUGGAUAGCCGUGAACAUGCCCCCUGCUCCGUGCAGGCUGGUGGUGCCCCUGGAGUGCUGCUCCAGACUCCUCCGCCUCGGUGCGGGGGCGGGCAGGACAGCCCCCUGGUGCCCCACCUAGGGUCUGCACUGCGCUCCCUGCCACCAGCAGCCUGGUUCUUGGGGUUAGCCACUCUGAUCUUUACGUGGUCCAAACAGCGGAGCUCCCGUGAGCUGAUCCUUCUGCCUCUCGGGACCUUUCCUGCUCUUCCCCAGGCCCCCCUCCCCCCAUUUCUCAGCCAUGCCAAACUGUUGGUUUGGGGUCUUGUCUCGUGGCCCCCUCUGGCACCUCUGCAAGGGCCUUGGUCCUCCCUGCCCAUCCCAUGUCCCCGUGUCUCCUUGCUGAGGCUGCCUGUGUCAGGGAUGUUCAGCAGUGCAUUAGGGACUGGGUCGGGUGCUCCCCCAGCGGCUGGGAUCAGCAGCCCCUCCUUGGAGGCAGGACCCUCACUGCUGCUCCCAUCUGCAGUUGUCCCAUCAAAGCAGUGUGUCCCCAGCUACGCCCCUGCUGUUCCCUUGUGCUAGUGGGGCUGGGGUUACAGGCAGCUGGCUGGGCAGAGGAGGGCUGCCACCGCCUGGCAGGGGUGCUCCCUAUAGCUAGCCUGGGGGGCGGCCCGGCUGCGUGCAGACACAGCAUAGCCCAUCUCCCAGUGACGCUCCAUGCGGCGACAGCACCUCACCCCACACCCUGGGGAGGGGUGUCUCCGAGCAGCUUUAAAGCCCUGGGGGUGCUGGCACCAUGCUCCUGGGUGGGUGGGGCUAAAGCCCUGAGGGGAGGGACUGAAAGAUCCAGGCCCCCCCAGCCCAGCAGGCUUCACAAGGGGAGAUGGCAGCAGUGAGCAUGUCCCAGGAGCCCUUGAACUGGCUGCCACUAGGAAUAAGCUGUUGCAAGGAGCUGUGAGCAGUAGCGGUUAAUUUCCCUCUGCUGGGUGUGAGGCUGUCCUGGGGGGUGCAGCAGUAACCGCUCCCCCUGCAGGUCGAGCUGAACUGGGCCUGGAACCAGGCCCAGCUUGGAGGUGAGUCCUACUGCCAUGGCCCUGCCAGCCUCUUCCUGGCCAGAGAGCAGAAAGCCGCCUGGGAGAGGCAACUUCUCUGGCCCGGGCCCUGCCUGUGAGUGUGGCCUUCAGGGGCUUCUCCCAGGAGGGCAGGCCCCCUUGGGCCAUCUUCAUGGCCCUGGAGCCAUUAGAGCAGCGGGGCCAGCACAGACCCCCUGCGAUCCCGUGCGUUAGAACCAGGGUAUGUUCUGUGUAUGUGCCCUGACUGCAUCCGAACCAUGGUGCCAGAUCCUCCCAGGCAAGGGCAAGUGCAGGUGGGGGGCUCUGGCUUUCUGGUGUUUGCACUCCCGUGUCGUCCUGGGGUGGUUCGGGGAACCCUGUACACAGCAGGAAAGUGCUGGAUCACUGGACACCUCCAGGUAGGUGGAGUUUGCCCUGGGCUGUCAGGUUGCGCCCUCCAGCCCAGGGAGAGGGGGCAGUGGUACCCCGGGGACGGCUCUGCUAGCCCAGUGGCUACGCUAAGGAGGGGCCUGGGCUGGGAGCAGUUGAAUCCCCAGGUGCUAGAGGUGGGGUUUUAUAAAUGCUGAGGAGCUGCCUGUUUUGGUUAGACGUAGUCAUCACAUGACAGAAUCUUUAAUUAAAGCUGAAUCUUUAAUUC